AAAGGAGAUGUCUCUGAUUAGGAACACUAUCCUGGAGUGCCAAGUGUGUGGCUUCCACGAGACCCACUCUCGCUGCGAGCCCAACCCCUGCUAUAAGGGCUUGGCCUGUACAGAGACCAGGGAGUACCCAGGGUACCGUUGUGGUGCCUGCCCAGACGGCAUGACGGGGAAUGGUACCCACUGCCAGGACAUUGACGAGUGUGCUCUAGCCCGGCCCUGUUUCUCGCCCGAGGGUUGCGUGAACACGGCAAAGGGCUUCACCUGUGAACCAUGUCCCUUCGGCUUCUCCGGACCCCUCCUUAGCGGGCUUGGGGUGGAGUUUGCCAAGAGCCACAAGCAGAAGUGCAGAGAUGUGGAUGAGUGUGCUGACCUCUACAAGGCCUGUGUGCCGAACUCUGUCUGCAUCAACACAGAGGUCAGUAGUGGAAAGGGAGUCAGAGGUUGCGAGGUGAAAUAUUUUUAUCACUUAAAAGAAAUACAUGUCAGGACCCGGUUUCGAACCUGGGUCUCCGGAGUGAGAAACAGUCACUUAACCAACUGAGCCACGAAUAGACAGCAGAACCCAGAAGAUGAGGCAGACACAGCAGUACU